UGGCUGGGGAAAUCUGGGUUUCAUUUUAAUGGGGAGUAGCCUACCCAGGGCUCGCUGUACAACAUAUGGAUGUGCCGGACGCGUUUCAGUCGCUCUGAGCUUCGUGCGCGCAUGGGCGCAGUGGUUCCCCUCCUCGCAGUGUCCCCACUCUUUUGACUGUGUGACAGGCGCUUUUUUUCUUUCCUUCCUCAUCUUUAAUUAAUUCAACGCGGCGUGUGCGCGAGGCGAGACACAAUCUCGCAUCCGGAUAGUGCGAUAUACCUCACGGAAGACACCCUGAAGGCUAAUUGGAGUGGACCCCUCUCUCUCUCAGUGGACGUCUUUUCCAAAUUCGGAGACAGCGACAGUCACUUGACACCGGGGAAGGGCUCUGGUCAGUCUGAAGUGAAGGGUCACUAAGCUCGGACACUCUCCUUCCACUGACGCACAAUUAUACACACAUCUGCGAAAAAACGACACUCACAUUUACAUCCAUAGACACUUGGGUUUACAUACACACAUACUCACAAAGACUGAUCAGUGCACAAACAUAGAUACACAUUCACAAACAGGAUGAGGGGACUCUGGAGGUACCUGUUGGGCCUGUACCUCCUCGUGUGCUCGUUUUCCACCCAUAGUGCCACCAACCCCUUCGCAGGGCAGCAGACCCCUCCGGACCCUUGCUAUGAUGACACAGGUGCAGCCCGCCGCUGUAUCCCAGAGUUCAUCAAUGCUGCCUUUGGUAAAGAGGUGAUGGUGUCCAGCAUCUGUGGCCGGCCUCCGUCCCGUUCCUGUAGUGUGGUGGAGCGGGGCGAUGAUCGGCCUUCCGUACGCACAUGUCAAAUCUGUGAUGCGGCUGACCCUCGUCGUGCACACCCGGCUUCCUACCUCACAGACCUGAACUCAGCCCACAACCUCACCUGCUGGCAGUCGGAGAAUCUGAACAUUUCCCCGUACAAUGUGACUCUCACCCUUUCAUUGGGUAAAAAGUUUGAAAUCACCUAUGUCAGCCUGCAGUUCUGUUCACCACGACCUGAGUCCCUGGCCAUAUACAAGAGCAUGGACUACGGUAAAACCUGGAUGCCCUACCAGUUCUACUCUUCACAGUGCCGGCGUAUGUACAAUCGGCCCAACAAGGCAACCAUUACCAAGCAGAACGAGCAGGAGGCUCUAUGCACAGAUGGCCAUACUGACCUCUACCCACUCUCUGGAGGACUCAUUGCUUUCAGCACUCUGGAUGGACGGCCCUCUGGUAAAGACUUUGACAACAGCCCAGUUCUUCAGGACUGGGUGACAGUCACCGAUAUCCGUGUGGUCUUCAACCGGCCCCAGCUUCCCCGGGAGCUGGCGCUGGGAGCUGGCAGCAACAGCGGAGGGAGGGAUGAUGAUCCCAUGGCAGUUACAUCGACGCUGCCAACUUAUUUCUAUGCAGUGGGAGAUUUCCAGGUGGGAGGGAGGUGCAAAUGCAACGGACAUGCCUCACGCUGUUUGAAAGACAAGGAAGGCAAACUGGUGUGUGACUGCAAACACAACACAGAAGGACCAGAAUGUGACCGCUGUAAGCCCUUUCACUAUGACCGGCCGUGGCAGAGGGCCAAUGCCCGUGAGGCCAAUGAGUGUCUGCCAUGUAACUGUAACCUCCAUGCCCGCCGCUGUCGAUUCAACAUGGAGUUGUACAAGCUUUCGGGGAGGAAGAGCGGAGGAGUCUGUAUGAACUGCCGCCACAACACUGCAGGACGCCACUGCCACUACUGCAAGGAGGGCUUUUACAGAGACAUGGCCCGACCCAUCACUCACCGACGAGCCUGCAAAGCCUGUGACUGCCACCCUGUGGGAGCAGCGGGCAAGACGUGCAACCAGACCACCGGCCAGUGCCCCUGCAAGGACGGUGUCACUGGCAUCACCUGCAACCGCUGUGCCAAGGGCUACCAGCAGAGUCGCUCACCUGUGGCCCCCUGCAUCAAAAUCCCAGUGGUCAACCCCACUGCUGUGGUGAGCAGCACAGAGGAACCAGCAGAUUGCGAGUCCUACUGUAAACCAGUGAAGGGCAACCUGAAGAUAAACAUGAAGAAAUACUGCAAGAAAGAUUAUGCCGUCCAAGUGAAUGUACUGGACAUGGAGACAGUGGGGGACUGGGCCAAGUUCUCUGUUAAUGUGGUGUCUGUGUACAAGAGCCGGGGCGAGCCUUUGAAGCGAGGCGACAACAUCCUGUGGGUACACAUGAAGGACCUGGCCUGCAAAUGUCCGAAGAUCCAGAUGAGCAAACGAUUCUUGGUGAUGGGCGGCAGCGACGGUGGAACGGGCACAGGGGCGGGAACAGGGGGCGGCCCUGGGGCUGGAGCCACCAGUCCAGGGGCGGAGCGAUUGGGCCUGCUGGCCGAUAAGAACAGCCUGGUGAUCCAGUGGAGGGACGUUUGGACGAGACGUCUGAGAAAGUUCCAGCGCAAAGAGAAGAAGGGGAAGUGCAGCAAAGCAUGAUGGGAAAGCAACAUCUAUCCCUACCUCUCCCCCAUCACUCACCUCCCUGAACCCUGACCCAGCCAUCUCCCUCCCCUUCCCCUGAAUCCUUUCUCCUUCCCCCCUCACAGGAACACUGUGCAUUACAAAGACUGCAUGUACCCUCCCUGUUUUAAGGACCACAUUUUGUGUAUAUUGUAUAAUUAUUUUCCUUUUAUUUUUCAAGUUUUGUCUUUGUUAUGUCACUUGUCUUUUUGUCCAUUGGUUUGCCUUAAAAAGGGACCAUUAAAAAGGGUAUGAAGUGUAGACAAAAGCAGUCGCCAUUCCCUCCUUCAGCGACGACAGCGGCAAUGUCCAACGUUCCCCAACUACUAUCCCGACUACCAGUCGCCUCCUCCUGUCAAGACUGACUGUCUCCUACCACCUUGUUUCGUUACUCACAUGUAAGACUACCAGUGCUCAGACUUCACACACUUCUCUGAGGAUUUUGUUCAACAGCCUUUGUCACUUCGGAGACUGACUAAUAUCAGCAACAAAACAAGCUGCACACUCAAGCUUGGCUGCCUCACGUUUCAUUGUUGAAACAAACUCAACUUGGGUCUGUACAAGCUGGUGUCCCUGAAAACUUUUCAACAUUUGCUGUUUAAAUGUUCAUUAAAAAAAUGGGCCUACUAGCUCCAGGUCUCUGCUGUAACUUAUACAGACUGUAACUCUUGUCCAGUGAGGAACUAAGGGCUCCCUUUGUACAGUAGGGACAUUUUCCACAGCAAACCUCAGUCUCACCACCACUGCUUCUGCCACCAGACAGUCCUCACAGAAUAAACUGCUCAUGUAGGCUCUUACAUCAAGUAUAUGAUGCCACUGCUCAUAGUAGAGUUUAUAUUCUGUGUGGCUAUUUACUAUCUCAUCCAUACCCCUGCCAUAUUCUUAUAUGACAUACAGUAUACAUUGUUGUUUCAUUUAAAGCAGGACAAAUCCUGUUGGCAUGUGUGAGUCAUGUUCCAGGUCUCUCACGAGUGAUUUAUAAACUAAUGUAUCACCAUCAUGAUUCAUUGCUUGUCACUUUUUGGGAAAGAAAUAUUAAGCGGUGUGGACAAAUGGCUGGAAUUUCAGAACAAUACCAAUAUUUCGGAGGAGACUUUUCGCUUUAUGGGUAAUGUCUUCUGCUGGGUAGUGGCCGUCCAGAUGUUGCUGUGUGGCCACUGUCAUUUCUUUGUCUUUAAAUGUCUGAGCGUUUCGGGUUUUUUUGAUGUGUCUAGUGACUGGCAGACGUUUGUUUGCCAAAAUAAGAGAUUGAAACAAGAGUUCCUUUUCAUGCAGUAAAAUGAAAACAAAGUCACAUAAACAACAUAGCCGUGUGUUUUCCUCAAGCAUAUUUUGACAAAAUGAAUGAGGCUGGAAAGUUUUUAGUGCUCACUGAUUGUAUUAUGACAUGAGAGGAUCAUAUUUCAUUCCUCAUGUGCUUUGUUAUGUUUGCAUGUUUGCGGUUUUUUGCUGGUCCAUCAAAACCUUUCAGUUUGCAGAGCAAGAAAUAAACCAACACGAGCAUCGAGAUCCAGAGGAAAGCUUCCUUGGUUCAUCCUCCCCAACUUGACAACCCAAACUAAGUCCCCGUCAUCCUUUACCAAAUAAGCAUAGUCAGUUUUUAAAUCCAAUUAAGACACUAUGAAAGUCCGGACCAGCGAAAACCACAGAGAGACCCGUCUGGCUGCUCUCAAGCUUUUUAUCUGCCUGUAAAGCACAUUUCAAUUAAUUUAAAUAGAGAACAAGAUAAACCCAGAGUUUUGGGGGGCACAUCAAACUAGCAUAGCAGUGAGUGUGCCGACAGGCAUGUCAUGCUAGCUAGUGGUUACGCUCCAUUGGUUGCAGCGGUAUGUUUGGUUUUGUCAUUCGUCCAAAAGUGUCUCUCCUUUGCUCUCUUCUCUGUGGCAGCCACCGUGCUCCCCAAACUCCUUUUUGAACCCAUUUUGCAUGUUUUGUAUUCAGCGUCUUAGAUAAGUGACAGCACAGGACGAGGCUGCCAAAUCUCCUCAGUGGUGCACUGUACUGCACUGUAGUUCCAUGUUUUCACGUCUUAUGUGAAUGUACGUCAAACUGUGAAGAACACUCACACUUAUGUCUGGUCUGAGUGUUUUUGGAAGAAAGAAAAAAAAGUCACCCAGCCUAAGAAUGUGGACACCAUGACAUUUGCUAUUAUAUUAUAUUCAAAUGACUAUCUGUCUGUCUCGUAAUGACAUCUUAAUAAUCCAAUCCAAAAACAACCUGAAACCAAAAUGAGUUAUCACCCAUCAUUUUUUUCUGGUGCGUGACAAAAAAAAAAGCAAAUAAAGGACAAAUCAAGUGUUAAAGUUUGAACAGCUCUAUGGCCCAGGGCACGAUUCCCACCGAUGGAUUUUAACAAAAAUGCAGAACCAAACUCUGUUAUUCGUGUGUAGGCUGUCUGCAGUGGCCUUUCAGACAGGUGGUGUCAGUAGCAACCGUCCCCUCGCCCUGGUAUGCGAGUAUGGCGUGACACAUUAUGAUGGAUGGGCAAAUUACAUGCCCGUGAGGCCUCUCUGGGCGCUCAACUCCUUAAGUGCCCAACACACUCAUGGCGGAAUGAUGAGUGUCCUUGAAUCUGGACUUUCUUUCACAUGGAAUCAAACAAAAAUUCUUCAUUACUUCCUAUUGGCUCUUCUUCAAGGACACAGCCUGAAUGUUGGAAUAAAGAUAUGAAGUAAGAGUGAGCCAGAUGUUUCGGGGGGGUGGAAGCGUUGUCUUGUGAAAGCGUUUUAGGUUUUAGUGAGCCUCACAGGGAGAGCUGUCUUGUUGUUUUACGUUAACAAGCCAUCUUGUUGUUUUAUGUUAACAAGCCCAGCAGCUUGGCAGUGGAACUGAGGCCACAACUGCUUUGCUCCCCCCCUUGCUGCAUUUAUGGCACUCACAGGUGUGUGUUUGAGUGGGUCUCUAAUCAACCUACCAGAGUAAACGAGUGAUAUGCACAUGAACUUAAAGUGCAGAGCGGUGAGAGCGCUCUCAUCUGAAGGGCAACGUUUUUGGGGGGACAGCCUAUGAUAAAGAAUUAUCAUUUACAUUUUCCUGGUCUUAUUCACAUUUCAUUUUUUUCAUGUUUCACUCCCAUCUACACCUUUGCUUGUUUGAGAAGUCUUGAAAUGUUGUAAAUAUGUACUGAACUGCCUCUGCCAUUCAUGUUGUCUUUUUGUAAAUGGUCACUUGGCCUGGGAUGGCUCACGUGUAUGGAUGUACAAACCAGAUGAUGUUAUAUGGAUGUAGAAACCAGAAACAUAUGCUUUUGUGAUCACGACCAUGAAGAUGUGGUUCAGAUAUUACACAGAAUGUAUUUCUUCUUGGUUUUAUGUUGUUUCCAGACAACAGCCGCCCAACUGUUAAUGACUUUGAGGAAAAUCAAGGAAAAAAUGUGACACAGGCUUUUCCCAUAGAGGUACAGACAGGAACUGACACAACAACCCACCGCUCUCCGUUUCAUUAAUUAACGCCCUGGGAAUAACGGUUCCCUCACCGUCCCUUAGCUCAGCCCUGCUCUUCACUUCUGUUAAAUCAGAGUCUUCCUUGUACAUUUUCCUCUGAGGCAAUGAACCACUGACUUUUUAAUCUAAAUGGUAAAAAAUAAAUAAAUUAUUAGUUAAUGA